AAGCAUUGGAUUUGCUUUAUGUAUCGUUUAGUUGGAGUGUUAAAGGCAUUGGGUAAAGAAGUCAUUGUCCUUUUGAUAUUAGUAAUAUCAAAAUGGGUGGUCUUAAAGGUUCUUUAAAGAACCUACUCGCCCUGUGCGUUCUAGUAGGUUUUGUGGCAAUUUCAAAUCAAGCAAACACUCCCUGUGUUUUGAGGGAAUACUCAACUGGACUUGUUUGUGUUUGCAACGCUACCUAUUGCGACUAUUUAGAGAAUCCAACGCUGGAGAAUGAAAAAGAGUUUGUCGUUGUCUCGUCAUCCAAGGCUGGAUUACGUUUUGACACUACAACAGGUAUAAUCAACGCUUCCGACUUUACUCCCAUUGUCGAUUACAAUGAGAAAGUUACACCAAAAGAGAGUGUAUUUGGAAAAGCGACUCGUAAAGUGACCAUUCAAGUAGAUCGUGAGACGCGUUUUCAAAAAAUCACCGGUUUUGGUGGUUCAUUUACUGGCGCCGUUAGUUAUAUUUUGGAAAACUUAUCCCAAGACAUACAAGAUCACAUAUAUAAAUCAUUCUACUCCGAAAAUGGCAUUGGCUUCAAUCUAAUGCGCACAUCAAUCGGUGGUUCUGAUUUUGACCUUGCGCCCUGGGCGUAUAAUGAAUUCCCUGAAAACGAAACUACACUUAGUAAUUUCACAAAAUUAGAUCCACGUGAUGAAAAACGCAUUGAACAAAUUAAGCGCUUGAAGCUGGUAACAAAUGUGCAAAAUUUGCGCAUUAAAGGGGCUGCCUGGAGUUCACCUCGCUGGAUGAAAACCAACAAUAAAUGGACUGGAAGAAGUCGUUUGAGGAAAGAAUACUAUCAGACAUGGGCUGAUUAUCAUUUGCGCUGGUUAGAGCUGUGGGAAGAGGCUGGACUACCCAUUUGGGGCAUAUCGACCGGCAAUGAGCCAACGAAUGGUGUAGCCUUUAUGAUAUUUGUGAAAUUCAUGAGUUUGGGUUGGACGCCAAGUAAGCAGGCCGUUUGGUUAUCUGAUAAUCUGGGUCCCACAAUACGCGCCAAAUAUAAGGAUCUGGUUAUAUUCGGAAAUGAUGAUCAACGUUACACCUACGCAUUUUGGUUCAAACUGAUGAAGGCCAAGCGCCCCGAUUCGGUGGACUAUCUCACAGGAUUGGCGGUUCAUUGGUAUUGGGAUGAAAUUUUCGAGCCUGUGUUCAUUGAUGUCGCACGCAAAGAGAUGCCAGAUAAAAUUAUGCUCAUCACAGAGUCCUGUAUCGGUGAUAAACCAUGGGAGUCGGCGAAACCUCUUCUGGGUUCAUGGAAACGUGGAGAGAAGUUUGCACGUAAUUUCCUACAAGAUCUUCAGCACGAUUUCAAUGGUUGGAUCGAUUGGAAUAUAGUGUUGGAUGAACAGGGUGGACCGAAUUAUGUUAACAAUUUCGUCGAUGCUCCAUCAGUUGCCAAUAUGACAACUCUUAACGAGUUUUAUAAACAACCGAUGUUCUAUACCAUGGGUCAAUUCUCAAAGUUUGCACCAGAAGGUUCAACUCGUAUUGCUGCGGAGCGUACAAAUAUCAAUGUGGAUACGGUUGCCUUUUUAAGACCAGAUGGCAGCGUAGCUGUUGUCGUAUAUAAUAGCGGUUACUCGAGUGUCAACGUUGAGAUUUUGGAUAAGAAACAAGGCUCAAUUAAGAUUACCAUACCUCAGAGAUCAAUUCACACCGUUCUUUAUAAUUAAAUUUUUUUAUAUUUUUCAAUUUAUACAAAUAAACAUUAAAAAACAUUAUUUA